AUGGAUUUCUCAGAGAACAAAGACAGUGGCGAGUCCAUGUUUGCCCUGGGACAGGAUGAGCGCCCAGCAUCGGAUAACAUCUGCCCUGUGUGUGGGAAAGACUUCCAGUAUGCCUCCAAACUACAGAGGCACCUCCGCACACACUCUGGAGAGAGGCCUUUCCCCUGCUCCUACUGCGGCAAGCCCUUCACAGAGAAAGGCCUGCUCAUGGUGCACGAGCGGCUGCAUACGGGGGAGAAGCCUUUCCCCUGCAGCUUCUGUGACAAGAGAUUUACCAGUCAGGGAGAGAUGAAGCUGCACGAGCGCACCCACACCGGGGAACGUCCAUACAGCUGCCGCCUGUGUGUCAAGAGCUUCUCCAGACACUGGCACCUCAAGAGCCACCUGGAGGCCAUGCACGCACAUGUGGUGGAGGGCUUUAUACGCAAGAAGUUCCCCUGCUCCCAGUGCGACAAGAGCUGCAACUCAGCGGCUGAGCUCCGGGACCACCAGAGGACCCACACUGGGGAGAGGCCGUACCAGUGCUCCUUCUGUGACAAGGCCUUUGCCCUAGCAGGCACCCUCGUCCGGCAUGAGCGCCUGCACACAGGCAUCACACCGUAUCACUGCACCGACUGCGGCAAGACCUUUUCCCAGCAGUGGACCCUUACCACCCACAUGCGCACACACACUGGGGACCGCCCCUACAAGUGCUCCCACUGCGACAAGUCCUUCGUCACCCCUGGGGAGCUGCGGCGACACAGCCAUAUUCACUCUGACGAGCGGCCCCAUGAGUGUCUGGAGUGUGGAAGGCACUUCAAACUGGCACAGACCCUGCGAAACCACAUCAGAACCUGCCACCGCAAGCCAGGCCAGGAGGGAGCCAAGGAGAGUAGCCCGAGCGCUGGAAGCGGCACAACGCGGAAAACUGCUAACUUGGUUACGGCUCACCUGGCCACAGCUAACCCGCCUACGGCUCACCUAGCCACAGCUAACCUAGCUACAGCUAACCUGGCUACGCCUAAGCUGGAUGUUGCUAACCAGGUUGUUGCUAAUCCAGCUGCUGCAAAGCUGGAUACAACUAAUGCUGGUGCAGAUGUUCAUUCUACUGCUGCUGACAAGCCGCUUCAGAGCCUGUCCCGUCCCCAGAGUCCGUCCUGUCCCCAGAGCCCAUCAGCAGCAGGAGCGAGUCCCCCAGCGGAGCCUCCACAGCACCUAGGCCGCACCUCCAGCCCGCUCAGUGUACUUGUGAAGGAGGAGGAGGAGGAGACGCCCCUCUGUGCUGCUGCAGACUCUAUGUUAAAGGAGCAGCCAAGGCCUCACAACUCCGCCGCAAGAAAGCCUCCAAAGAAACGCAAGCUGAAGGCUCGCAUCAAAGAGGAGCAGGAGCAGCCCAUCAACCUGUCUAUGGUGAACCGUGCAAAAGUGAAACGAACCCAGUGCCCAGGCCUGCCCUCACAGAAGGAUGAGCUGGAGGAUCCGUCCAAGAGCCCGUUCUGCUGCGGUCUGUGUGGACGUGACUGCCGCAAGAUGUCUGCUCUCCAGGUGCACAUGCGCAUCCACUCUGGUGAGAAGCCCUACAGCUGCUCCUACUGCGGCAAACAGUUUACCCAGAGAGGCCAGCUCACCGGCCACCUCAAGAUCCACACAGGGGAGAGACCCUUCACCUGCCCCGACUGUGGGAAGAGCUUCGCCCACUCCGGAGCCAUGAACCGCCACCGACUCACACAUACUGGGGAGCGGCCGUACCACUGUCAGGUGUGCCCACGGACCUUCAACCAGUCCGGACGCCUGCGUGAGCACGAGAAGAUCCACAGUGGGGAGAAAUACGACUGCCCACAGUGCGGGAAGACGUUCACCCGCGCGUCCAGCCUGAAGAACCACGUGCGCCUUCACACGGGGGAGCGACCAUACAUGUGUGACGUGUGCGGCAUGGGAUUCACUCGCUCCCAAAGCCUCCGCCUGCACCGACGCAAGCACCUGGGUCUGCAGCCCAAGGAGGAGCCUGAGGAGGAAGAGGAGGAGGAAGAGGAGGAAGAGGAGGGGGAGGAGGGGGAGGAGGUGGAGGCUGAAGAGCUGGACGACUCUCUGCUCCAGCAGCUCUACACUGACCACAACUCUCCCGUCAACAUGUGCAUAGCCGACCAACACAACUGUGCCAACGGGGAGAGCGGCGAGGGGGACGGGGACCAGUGGUUUGUCAGCCACAGACUGUUAGAGCCACACGCCGCAGACAUGAAGCCUACGUAA